CUAUAAAUAACACCCAAAGACCAUAACCCAUCACAUAUUUUCCUAGCUAAUGGCCAACUGCAUCAAUGAUACUUGUGUUGCAGUCCGGCCGGCCGCCUACGUGAACCUCCUCAAGUCGCCGGAAUUUGAGAUGGAGUUUGGGAGAUUUUCUGGGAGCUACAAGUACAAGGGCAGCCGGCCUAGUUUGCAUGGGCACCCUAGGGUUGUGGAUAGCAGAUCAUGCAGACAAAUGUACUUAAGAAGCUAUACGUUCUCAAGAAAAGAAAGUGUUCCUGAGAAGACCAAGAAGUGUAUAGGCAAAGUUAGAGAGAGAAUCAAGAAUAGAAGGUCAAAAAAGAGAUCAUCAUCAUCUUCUUCUUCUUCUUCUUCUUCUUCUUCUUCUUCUUCUCCUUCAAAAGCCAGCAAAAUCAAGAACAGAGGCUUUAGUAAAAGAGAGUCUUUAAGGAGAGUGUCAUGUGCAGCUUUGAUCUCUACGUUCAGGAGAUUGUUAUCUUGCACGACCAAGGUUGAUGUUGCUGAACCCGGAGAUGCAUAAAUAAUAAGUUUUUAGUUUUUCUUUCUUUCUUUUGUUCCUUAAUAACUUUUUGCCGAUGGAUCUUCAAUUUCUCUUUCAAUUACUAUUUAUCUAUGAAGGAACUGGGUUAAUUAAGUGAGAGUAGAUAUAUAUUUUCUGGUUUUGGCUUAUAGCUAGGGAAGCCUACAUCUCUUGUGUAAUCUCUCUUUCUCUUUCUUGUAAUUAACCAUGAGUAUGUGAUUUAAUUAAUAAGUGUUUACUCUA